AUGGAACAGUUGGGCUAUGAGAAGUUUGCACUCUACAACCUUGGAACCUUCAUCGGUCUCACAAUGGUGAAUAUGUAUGAAAACCGUAUCACACACCACUUCAGCGAUUUCCUUUACGUAACUCCCAACGAGAACGACCUUACGCGCUAUGCUGCAAACCAGACUACACAGGAAGAGUCGGAAUACAUCCCAUCCGUGCAAGCCUUUUUCAGCCAACACUCGGCUUAUGCAGCAAUCCGCUCAAGCUACCCUCUUUCCAUUGCGUACGCGCUCAACGACAGUCCUGUCGGCUUUCUAGCCUGGAUGUACCACCUGGUCUACAAUGGCAGUGACAUCGCAUAUACGGAGAAAAACCUCAUCAGAAAAGCUUUCCUACUUUAUAACCCUGGUAUUUACGGAAAUAUAAGGAGUUACAAGGAGCUAUUCGAUAAUUUGAUAUUUGUACCCGCGAAAAGAUCCUCGGUGCCAAUAAGCGCACUGCAAUUCAAACUUCGAGACGACCCAAUGUUUGCGUACCCUGAGAUUAGGUACUUUGAUUUUGUAGUAAGUUGGGAUUUCACUGGUUCCAACCCACCGAAAUGCAUCGUUAGCCCUUCGAUCCUAUCACGCUAA